AUGGGCAGCACCGAACACGGCUUUAGCCAAAUGAACAACGAUUUGGAUUAUGAUGUCCUUAUUAUCGGGGCGGGUCUUUCUGGCAUUUACUCGCUCUAUCGUAUGCGGCAGCUAGGACUACGGACUAAAGUCCUCGAAGCUGGCGGUGGUGUCGGUGGCACAUGGUAUUGGAAUCGCUACCCCGGAGCCCGGUUCGACUCUGAAAGCUACUCGUACAACUUCUCAUUUUCACAAGAAGUUCUGGACGAAUGGAACUGGUCGGAGCACUUCGCCUCGCAGCCUGAGACGCUGAAGUACUGCGAGUUUGUGUGUGACAAAUUCGACCUAACGCGCGAUAUGCAAUUUGAUACCCGCGUGAAGGCAGCGCAUUUUCAAGACUCCACACGGUCAUGGAUGUUGACAGACAGCAAAGGACGGCAGUAUACAUCUCGGUUUCUGGUAACGUGCAUUGGAAUCUUGAAUAACCACGCGCUGCCCAAUAUCCCUGGAGUUUCGAAUUUUAAAGGACAAUCAUUCCAUACAGCACGUUGGCCGCACGAACCGAUGAGCUUUGAGAAAAAGCGUGUCGCUAUUAUCGGCACCGGUGCGACUGGUAUCCAAGCCACUCAAGAAAUUGUCAAAACAGUUGGCCACUUGACCGUUUUUCAACGAACUCCAAACUGGAGUUUGCCGCUACGAAACACUCCCAUCAGACCGGAAGAGAUGGUCGAGAUUCGGAGGCAGUAUCCAGAGAUUUUCAAAAAAUGUUCAGAGUCCUACUCCUGUUUCGUUCACGUUUCGGACAAACGCAGAACUCUAGAUGUGAGCCCAGAGGAGCGUGAGGCCUUCUGGGAGUCAUUAUACGAGCAACGCGGGUUUGCCAAGUGGCUGGGCAAUUUUGGAGACAUCAACACAAGCAGAGAGUCAAACGCCCUGUUCAGCGAGUUUGUCGCCAACAAGAUCCGACAGCGUGUAAAGAACCCCGUUACAGCCGAGACCUUGAUUCCCAAAUGUCACGGAUUUGGCACCAAGCGCGUUCCUCUAGAGUCGGGCUACUUUGAGGCAUACAACAAGCCCAAUGUGCGUCUUGUGGACGUCAAAUCCAAUCCAAUUGAAACUAUCACUGAAACCGGAAUCCGCACUCGAGACGAAUCAUUUGAGUUUGAUAUGAUCAUUUACGCCACAGGUUUCGAUGCCGUUACAGGCUCAUUCACAGCCAUUGACUUCCGUGGAGUUGACGGGGUGCCUUUAAAGGAACGUUGGGCAGAGGGUCCACGAACCUUCUUGGGCUUAUUUGUGCCGAGCUUUCCCAACAUGAUGAUGGUUAUGGGCCCACAUCAAAUGUUCGGCAACAUUCCUCGCAGCAUUGAGUAUGCCGUGGACUGGGUCGCGCGGUUCAUCAAGUUUUGUCGAGAUCAUGGCAUUACAUAUGCCGAGGCUACUCAACAGGGCAUGCGUGACUGGACAGAGCAUGUGCACAAAUGCGCGGAGGGACUGCUGGCAAAUGAGGUUGACUCGUGGAUGACCGGCGUCAACAAAAAUCUGGCGCAUAAACAGAAGAGAAUCAUUGCCCGCUAUCAAGGCCCAGCACCAGGCUAUCGUAAACGGGCAGAGGAUGUGGCAACACGGAAUUAUGAGGAUUUGGUGUUGGCAUAA